GACAGUUGUUGAUAAGAAUUAAGAAUCCCUGACGAGGAUACACAGAAAUUAAUUUAUUGUUAUAAAUAAUCAUGCUAACAAUAUAAUGCAAAUUAUUUAGUCAUAAGCAAACACCAUGGCGUUCUUGGAGUGGCGUCGUUUUACAUUUUUCGAUGUACAUAGAAAAAUUGACAAUGGAAAAGUGGCUGAAAAUUUGCAAGACACAAAGAUAACUGCGACAACCAGCGGCAAUUCGCAUGUCAUACUGUGUGACAGCACAGGCUGGACGCAUUUAGUGUCUCGCUCCUGGAACAUCACGUUCUUCAAGGCAUAUGAGCUGAAGGUCAUGCUUGCUCAGCAAUUGCCCCAUGACCCGUUGUUGGUUACUAUUGGAGAAGAUGAGGCUGGCACACCACUGGUUAAGGUCUGGGACUGGUCCCGCCGCGACCGUCACGACAACCCGACGUGCGUGCGAGUGUCUCGCGCCGUGCCCUCGCACAUGCGCUCCACUCCCGCCACCGCGCUCGCCGUGCACGACAACAAGAACCUGCUUGCCGUGGGCUUCCAAGACGGUUCAGUGACAUUAUACCGAGGGGACAUAGCCCGCCAGCGUUCCGGAAAGAUGAAGACCCUCAUGGACUCUGGAACCAGCCCUAUCACUGGCCUGGCCUUUAGCGGCGCGGACAAGCUCUUCGUGGUGUCGCGAGCCAGUGUGUUGGUGUAUUGGCUGGGCACGGAACGUUGUGUGACUCUGGACAGCAAGGGGGCUUUGGCCGGCUGCUCAGUACACGACAGACAUCGCCUCACCGUGGCUACGGAUGAUGCAAUAUUCUGCUACACAAGCGAAGGCCGUGGUCCCUGCUACGCCAUCGAAGGCGAGAAGGUCCGGCUAGACUGGUUCCAUAGCUACCUCGUCAUCACCACCAUAGCCUCAAAACAUGGCGCCGCGCCGGCUCACAGACUCACUAUACUGGAUAUACAGAACAAGUUCAUUGUCUUCGAGAAGACUUUCGAAGAAAUCGAAGCCGUCCUAACAGAAUGGGGUUCAUUCUACAUCCUAACAAAGAACAAGGAGAUGAUAUACCUAGCCGAAAAAGACUUGCACUCGAAACUGUGGCUGUUAUUCAAAAAGAACCUCUACGACGUCGCGAUAAGGAUAGCGAGCGGUCAGCAGUACGACGCGGUCGGGCUUACGGAGAUAUAUAAGCAGUAUGGAGACCAUUUGUAUGGCAAGGGUGAUUUAAAAGGUGCUAUAGAACAAUACAUCAAAACGAUCGGCUGGUUAGAAACCUCAUACGUAAUCCGGAAAUACUUGGAAUCUCGACACUUGGAACCUCUAGUGUUAUACUUAGAAGAGUUACAUAAGAAAGGAGGUGCUACGGAAGACCAUACAACGCUGCUGCUGACUUGCUACGUCAAGUUGGACCAGCACGACCAGCAGGGGAAACUCAAGGAGUUCAUCAACUCUAAAGACAAAGUUAUAGAAUUCGAUGUCGAUGUGGCUAUCAAGGUUGUCCGCCAAGUCAGCAUAGACGACGCACUCUCUCUCGCGGCCAACCACAAGCGGCACGACUGGUACCUCAAACUCAUGAUAGAGGACAAAAAAGCGUACAGCGAAGCAUUGCAGUACCUUUCAGACUUAGAGUUUGAUGAUGCGGACGCUUAUAUGAAGAAAUACGGCUUGAAACUGAUACAGCAUCUACCGGAGGAAAGCACCGAGUUUCUUAUCACAUUGUGCACAGACUACAAGCCCCGCAACAAACCGCUGGUCGACGAGGCAACCCUAACCGGUGGAUACAAAGAACCCGAGCGCGCCAACCCUGAUGACUACAUACACAUGUUCCUGUCUAACUCGGAGCAACUCAUACAUUUCCUAGAGCAUAUGACGAAGGCGGAGCAGCAGAGUUCUACGCUCGUGUAUAAUGCGCUUAUAGAACAUUAUAUACACGUGUGGGUGAAGUCACCGGUCGACAAAAAGGCAGAAUACGAAGAAAAAAUAAUGAAAGUGCUACAAGACCCCAUGGCGAACUACGACAAGGACCAGACGCUGGUCAUCUGUCAGAUGUUGGGCUUCCGAUCUGGCAUGCUGUAUCUGUACGAGGAGAACAAACUAUGGCGCGCGCAAGUAGCCCUGCACAUGCGCGCAGGCAUGCCCGAGCGCGCUUUGGACGUGUGUCGCCGCCGCGGCGGCGCGGCCCCGCGACUGUGGCUCGACGUGCUGUGGUGGCCCGUGCGAGCCGCCCCUACCCCCACGCCUAUUCCUAUACUGCCUGAGCUACUACAUGUUAUAGCCACUGAGAAACUUUUAUCUCCCAUUCUAGUCAUCGAUUGCCUAGCAAACGUGCCUUCGUAUACUCUAGGAGAUGUUCGAAAGUACCUCACAGACGUGCUCAAAUCCGAAGACGAAGUAAUAACCCGCGAGCAAGAGCUAGCAGCCAAGUAUAAGGGGGAAAGCGAACGGAUGAAGGCCCAGAUACAUACUUUACAACAUGAACCCGUGCCGUUCCAGAGCUCAAAGUGCGCUGCUUGCAACCGACCGCUGGAGUUGCCUAGUGUACACUUCUUGUGUCAGCAUUCCUUCCACCAACACUGUUUCCAAAGCUACUCGGAGUCUGAGCGCGACUGCCCCGCCUGCGACAAGCGCGCGCGCCGCGAGCCCGCGCCGCCCGCUGCGGAGAGCCUGCACGCGCGGCUGCACCACGAACACGACCCCUACGCAGUCGUCUCCGAGUACUACGGUCGCGGCUUGUUCAACAAGCUGACCGUGAUAACCGACGCGCAGGAGCCCGCGGCGCCCGCGCAGGCGCCCGCGGGGCCUCGAGCCGGGCCCGCCGCCCCCGCCCCCGCCCCCGCCCCCGCCCCCGCUAACUACGGCCCGGGCGCGGAGGCCAAGCUGCGGCUGCAGGAGGGACAGAGCAAGCAAGUAUUCGUGUCAAACGCCACCAAGCAAGUAGCACCGAAAGGCACCUCCGUGAUUCCCGUACCAGAAGGCCGCAUGCGUCUCAUCGAACAACAGCAGUACAGCUCCAGCCUCGAAGCCAACAUCUCCCGCCUGGAGCCCAGAGUACACAACCCCACCAAAACCUCCCCCCUAGCCUCACCUGCGACCAACAGAAAAGAACCGAAAAGUCAAGGACAAUCCCCUAAAAUAUCGUCAGCUAUCAGCAACGGAGCCAACAAAAACCCAUUCGAAGAAGCGUAUGAUGAUACGAAAAACCCAUUUGCUGAUGAUGAGGUGAAUGACCCAACUAACCCGUUUGGGGAGGAUGAUGACUAUGAUAAGAAUCUGAACCCGUUCUCGUGAGGUUAGGAGGGUGAUCUCAGUACUUUUAGGAAUCUUGAACGAGCCCUUGGUGAAUGGUGCACCAAUGCAAAGUCGCCUUGGUUACCCUUUGGAAGCUACGCCUAUCAUUAAGACGAGUCGUUGUGUAUUUUGACGGAAUGCACACGGACUGUAGCAGUCAAAUGGUAUUCACUAAUGGGCCUAAAAUGGUCGCGUUUUUACAGUCAGACAUCGUGGUAAAUGUAAGAUAUCAUAUGAUGUUGAAAGUGCAAUCAUGACUUGUACUGAACUCGAGGAUUAUAAAUCAUUGCUUCGUGCAAAAUACGGGGAUACAUAAAAAUUUAAUGAGUAGUGAUGCACGCGUCAUAGCAAUCAAUAUUUUUGAUUUUGUGCGACCCGAACUUUCAUUGUCCAGUCAAGUGCAAAAAUACGUAUCGAUUUUAUCCGCUCAAAAAUAUGUACCGAGACCUUAUUCCGCCGAUAUAAAGUGCUAUGGGACAUAUUUUUGAUAAGUUGUACGCACCCAUAUUUUUACACUUGACUGUCCAUGAUAGGUAUCUAUCAACUGUGCUAUGCACGUAGCCAAUAGUUUUUAUAGAAAAAUAUUCAUUAUUUUAUUUUAUUAUAUUUUUUUAUUUAAUAUCAACUAAGUUUCUAUUUACCUUUAGUUUGAGCUGAGUAAGGUUACAGGGUCCACUCACAUGUUUUGGCAACUGUAGUUACCAGCUGUCACCUUUAUUUUACAGAAUAAUAAAAUCCAUUGAAAAUUAAGUAAGUGCGUCCGCCUACUGACGCGCGUUUAGUGGAGUUUACCUACAAUGCCACCCGCAUAUAAUAUUUACGCUCAAUAUAUCUGUAUUUUCAAUAUCAAGACGCCGUCCGUUGCUAUUCUAUCAAACGAAUACAGAUAUACACGCCUGCGGCGUGGGACCUUCGCCCGUCGACCCACCCGCCGCCGCCGGCGACGUUUCAGAGAACCCGCCCUCACACAUUUCCGAACAAAACAUUGGAACGUCGGCGGCCGCGGGUGCUCAGAGAAACCAGGGCCUUAGCAUCUUCGGGAGCCUGUAUCGGUGUCGAUACACAAAUAACUCCUCUUAUACUGAAAUGUGCGGUAGAUAGGAGAUUAUAUUAGUUCUAUUUCAAAUUUUGUAACGUCUUUAACUUUAGUUCUUUAACUUCUCUUUAGUUAAUGAAACACGCUAGAUUUUAUUCCUAAGUACCUCCUCCUCUAUAAUGUUACAUUUCAGUUAAUGUUCUUACUGGAUCUUUUGUAUAAAAAGUCAGUGUAGGGCCCAUGGGUUUACCCAGUUAGGUACGUGAAUUAUCUAAAGUUGGCGAAUUCGGUAUUUGGGGUUCUCUGCACCAUUUACAGUAUAUAGUGUCAUAUUCUGAAUAUAAUAGUUUAUUUAGAGACGCCUUCUUUCGGUUCUUGAAUACGAAUCAUAUUUCUAACUCGGUUUCACAAAAAUGUUGAGAAUAAGGGCCAUUUAGAAGGUAAGAGAACUCGCAUACGAGUUUUAUUACGUUGCGGUAUUUGAUGGCAAAAUUGUACGUAACCUCAACAGCCUGCAACUGCAUGCGAGUUCGCACGCCGUCUAAAUCAGGCCUAAUCAAUUGAUUUCGUCUCGUUCUUUCACGCGAAGAAAGUAUACGAAGAUUGUCAAAACGCGUUCUUCGAAUGUUCGAUUUAAUAGAGUAAAAAAGCGCUUUAAUAUAAUUAAUAAUUAUUAGGUUUACACCAUAUAUAAGUGCUAUGUGUAUAGUAUAUAUUCCGCCGAAAUUUCGUAAUACCAUUACCAUUAAAAUUAUUUACAAGAAAAUCAAUGUAAUGUACAUAAAUAUUGUUAUUUAUAAAAUGUAUAUUGUCUCUAAAGUAUUCUUUUUGUAUACUGACGUGUAAUAAUCCGUUGAUGAAAUAAACGAAAAUAAGUAAACGCA